UCCCUCCAAUGCCGAGCGUGCAGGCCUAAAGCUCUGCCCCACCUUUUAGCUUGCCCAUUGAGUGCUUGCUUCGCUGCAACUCUCGAAUUUGGAGGCGCAACUUGCUCAAUCAACCACCAAACGCGUCAGACGCGACCGCGCAAUUGCCAUCGCAUUCUUCCAUUCCACCAGCGGAUUGCCCAGUACUUGCCGAGCCGGGACUGCGCAUAGCACAUCACAAAUAUCGAGCAUGUCACAACAACCGUUAUCCUCGUCGGUGCAGCCGACCGACAUCUACGGCGGAGGUGAGCUCCAGCGCAAAACUUCUUUCCGACAAUGCCUCCUACGCAUCCCCUCGCUCGAUCGCUAACCGUCGCAGAUGAGGUCUCUGCCCUUGUUCUCGAUCCCGGCUAUUGCAACACCCGCGCGGGGUACGCGGGGGAGGAGAUGCCUAAGCAGGUCAUCCCGUCCUUCUAUGGCCAUAUCGACGGCCGCGACCUCUUUGGCGACCCGGUAAUCACGCCGCGUGCCGGUUUCGAAGUGCGCAACUACAUGAACCGCGAUGGCCUCGUCGAGGACUGGGACGCCGCCACCCGCGCCUGGGAACACGUGCUGGUCAACCGCCUGCAGCCUCCACGGCCAACCCCUCCGAGCAAGAACAACCUCAACGUGGGUGACGACGGCGACGUGGAGAUGGGAGAGAACGGCGCCAACGAAGACGCCACCGAUGCGCUCGAGAAGCCGCUCGCCGAGAACCCCCUGCUCGUCAGCGAGGCGCCUUGGAACCCGGCCAAGGCCCGCGAGAAGGCGAUCGAGGUCUGCAUGGAAAGCUGGGGCUGUCCGGCUUUCUGGCUCAGUAAAACCCCCGUCCUGGCUGCCUUCGCCGCCGGCAAGGCUACCGCCCUCGUGCUCGAUGUCGGCGGAUCGAACACGAGCGUCACGGCCGUCCACGACGGUAUGGUGCUCAAGAGGUCUGUCCAGCGAUCGCCGGCCGCGGGAGUCUGGCUGAGCGGCCAGAUCCGCUCCAUGUGGAAGAACAACGAGCCAAAGGUCGACAUCGUGCCGACUUUCAUGGUCGAGAACAAGAAGCCCGUCGAGGCCGGCGCCCCCGCCGACGCCAGGCUGCGCACCUUUGACUUCCCCAUCUCCGACUCGUUCCGCGCCUUCGAGGAAGAGCGCGUGCUCACCGAGUUCAAGGAGUCGGUCGUUGAGGUAUGGCGGGGCCCCGGCCGGUUCAUGGCCCCCGGGAACGAGGACUACGCCAAAAGCCAGCCGGGCCGCGUGUUCGAGAUGCCCGACGGCUCCAACCAGAUGUGGCGCGAGCAGCGCUUCCGCGUGGCCGAGGGCAUGUGGGACGAGUCUGCCGCGUACCCGGCCGUCGGCGAGGAGGCGACCCUGACCAAGGCGCAGACCAUUCCUGCCCUCAUCAAGGCGGCGUUGGACGGGGUCGACGUCGAUCUGCGGCCGAACCUGCUCGGCAACGUGGUCGUCACGGGGAGCACCAGUCUGUUGAACGGGUUCAACGACCGGCUCAACCAGGAGCUGACGUCCAUGUACCCGGGCCUCAAGAUCAAGAUCCACGCGGCCGGCUUGACGAGCGAGAGGCGAUUCGGCGCCUGGAUCGGAGGGAGCAUCCUGGCCAGCCUGGGCACCUUCCACCAGAUGUGGAUCUCGAGGAAAGAGUACGACGAAAACGGGGCGGGUAUCGUGGAGAAGCGCUGCAAGUAGAGAGGUCGCGUUACAACAGGAGCAUGUGGCGAACGGCUAGCAAGCCAUGGUAUGUGGGAAACGGGCACGAGAUGAAAACUCUAAGGAUUGUCAGAAAGAUGACGGUGCCAGUGGCAAGAAGUCAGUAUUUUGUAACGCUCAAGGUUUCGAAAGAUGGCGUAUGGAGUAGUC